AUGCAAGCCCAUUUCCAACCAUAUCCACCGGCUGCGCCUGCUGCGCCGGCCACAGCACCAGUUGUGCCCGCCACCAUUCAAAUGCCUCGCCCCGAUAUGACUCGGGCCUCUGCACCGCCCGUCGAUCCCAACCUGCGCAAACGACCGCUGUACGCCUCCGAUAAACCGCGCGCCAUUCAACCGAGACCCCCAGCCAGUGUCGCCUCGUACAGCAGUGAAAGUGGCGCAUCCGCUCAGCUCUCUCCACGACUAGAUGGUGCUCAUGGCGAACCUCCUCGGAAACGAGGACGUCCAAGUAAAGCAGAGACCGAACGACGAAAAGCUGCCGCCGAAGCUCGCGGCGAGACCUAUCCACCUCCUCGAAGGUCUGGUUCCGGACGACUGAAAAUCUCAUCGCCUAACAAUUCUCGCGCCCUUCCAAUUACUUCUUAUGCACAUGUCCACGGCAGUAUCGCGCACCCAUUACAUGGGCAUAGUUCAAAUUCUAUUCCAUAUGAUCCCUCUGCAGGUCGGCCUUUAGCGCCUGCGCCGAGUUUACCACUGGGUAAUAUGGAUGAACGUCGUGAUAUGCCUGGACGCGCGAUGGGACCUAAUUUACGAGAAUUACCUCGUCCACAGGAGAUGGGCCAUCAGAUGAACCACCCGCUACCCUCUCCGCAUGCUCUUCAACUUGGUCCUCCGGAUUCAAUUCCUAGAUUCAAUAGUAAUCCCGGCGAACGCGGCUCGUUCAGUGCUAUCCCACCAGAUCGAUUCUCUCCAGAUAGCGGUCGUCGAGACUCAGUGACAAGUAGAGGGGAUCCGACACCUCAAGGUCCUUUCUCCGAGCCACGAGCAAGUACCACGCCAGGCGAAAAACCUCGAUAG